AUGGAAGGUAUGGAGCUGUCGCCGAAAAACACCACACUGGACACGAGUGUUUAUGUUAAAGAGUACAACGCAGAAUUCAACAAGAAAAUUCUGCCGGUGAGCAUAGUUUUCGGACUAACGGCCAGUGUGGGAUUGAUUGCCAAUGCCCUCGUGAUUUACAUCUACGGUUUCCGCUACAAGCGCUGCAACUUCAAGUAUUUCCUCUUCACGCUCGGACUGAUUGGCCUGCUGCAGUGCACCAUCAUGCUCCCGACGCAGAUAGGAGAGAUGCACUACUGGUUCAACUUUCCAACCUCGUGGCUUUGUCGCACCUCUGCCUACGUUUUCGGUUAUACAAUCAUUCACUGCUACUCCAUUCUGUUCCUCAUUGCUUUGGACCGAUUCCGCAAGGUGUGCCGGCCAUACGACUGGCAGAUCCAGGCCAACACGGCUAGGAAUUUAAGUAUUAUCACUUCGAUUGCAUCGUUAAUUCUAGCAACGACGCCUGGCGUGGUGAGUGGUCACCAUUCUUUCCAGACAUCGUACAAAGACGUGAAUAUUACUGUGACAGUUUGCGCAACGGAUGACAUGCAUAACAACAGAGAAUGGGCCGUGUAUUUCCUGCUUUUAUUGGGUGGACUACCAGUCUCUGUCAUCAUUAUUGUCACGUGUACCAUAUAUGCAUUAAUAUUAAUGCGGUUCUACCGUCAAGGCUCUCGAACAGCGCAGUCUAACUUAAACAAUAGUUCACUCGCUCGUUCUUCAUCUGAUGAAUUGUCCAAAGUGAAGACGGACGAUCAAAAUAAUGUCACGGACACAGAUAACAAAGAGAUUGUAUCAAAACAAAUGGAACAGACACUGACUGAGGCAAAAAUAGUAUCAUUUGAUACCACGACGAGUGUUCAAAAUGGCGACAAUAAUUCGUCUAUGAAUUCCACGUUUAAAAAUAUUAUGUGUGUAGUGUUUCCGGUAAGCAGACAAAUUAAUAUUAAAGCCAAUCGCCCUGGCAAUCUUCGUAAAACUUCAUCAAAGCUUGCAGUUAGAGAAAAAUUAUUGCGAAAAACAUGUAUAGUUCUCAUCAUCACGAUAACGUGUAUCAUUGCGUUGAUAAUCACAUUUUGUCUACAUAUGGUCUCCGAGUCGAUCAACUACCACGCGCUUGAGGUCCACGGAGUGAUUUUGAACGCGUUUGUGAUAUUUCACCGAGGGAGCUUUUCCAUGAUAUGUGCCCUGUUUCCAAUUAUCUACGGCGUUCGUGAUAACAGUUUCCGGAACAUCGUCCGGGAAAUGCUCGUCAAGUACAAGGGGUCCAAUCAGGAGCAAGAGCUUGAAACGUGUGCAUGA